GUAAUGGAAUUUUUAGACGGUCCCUUUAUGACGACCCUAAUAUAAAAGGCUGGUACAGUACCUGCGUUUCUAGAAUUUCAGCUUUAUACAGCUUCAACAGGAGAUACUUGCUGAAAGGAUAUAAUCAGUUUUACUUGCUUCUAUUUCUUCUCCAGAGUUCAACUGGUGCAACUAGCUGCAGCCACAUUUCAUAUAGUCUAUACAGAGAGGGACACUGAAAUGGAGACAGGGUCCACUGUGCGUGCUGUGAAGAGCUUAAAGGUUUUAAUUGGGGACGAGGUUCGACCUGCACUCAUCACCAUAAUGGAUGGGAAGAUUCAUAACAUCCUGACUGAUCCAAGCACUGCUGCACAAGAAGGUGUAAAGGUGCUGGAUGUGGGUGACAGUGUGGUUAUGCCAGGUUUAGUGGACUGUCAUGUUCAUGUCAAUGAACCUGGUCGUACUUCUUGGGAAGGCUACAGGACUGCAACACGAGCAGCAGCAGCAGGAGGGGUGACUACUAUUGUAGACAUGCCCCUCAAUAGCAUACCACCAACAACAAGUCUUGUGAACUUUCAUGAAAAGUUGCAAGCUGCUACUGGGCAGUGUUUUGUGGACACAGCAUACUGGGGUGGCGUUGUCCCUGGAAACCAAUUGGAGCUGAGGCCCAUGGUACAGGCCGGAGUGGCUGGAUUCAAGUGCUUUCUCAUCCACAGUGGAGUUGAGGAAUUUCCUCAUGUUAGCGAGAAGGACCUGCAUGCUGCAAUGAAGCAACUCCAGGGCACAAAAAGUGUUUUACUGUUUCACGCAGAACAGGAGGUCCAUCCACCCGCAGCAGAGGAGGGGGAUCCAUGUGAAUACUCAACGUUUCUGAGGUCCAGACCAGAUGUCAUGGAGCUGGAGGCCAUUCAGACUGUAACACAACUCUGCCUUCAGUACCAAGUGAGAUGCCACAUUGUUCACCUGUCAUCAGCCGAGCCUCUGGGGCUGAUCCGAGCAGCUCGACAGGCUGGAGCUCCAUUAACAGUGGAGACAACACACCACUAUCUCACCCUGAACUCAGAGAACAUCCCAUCAGGGGCCACACAGUUCAAGUGUUGUCCUCCUAUUCGGAACAGAGCCAACCAGGAGCAACUGUGGUGUGCACUAAGAGCUGGUGAUAUUGACAUGGUCGUAUCUGAUCACUCGCCUUGCACUCCUGAGCUGAAGCGGUUGGACAGUGGGGAUUUCACCCAGGCAUGGGGUGGCAUUUCUUCUCUCCAGUUUGGUCUGCCUUUGUUUUGGACCUCAGCUCAUAAGAGAGGUUUUGCUUUUCCUGAUGUUGUAAAACUCCUGUGCAAAGAACCUGCACGUCUUUGUCGCCUUGACAACCAAAAAGGCAGCCUCAUGCCAGGUUAUGAUGCAGAUUUAGUCAUCUGGGAUCCAGAGAAGGAAUUUACAGUAAAAGAGGAAAACAUACAUUUUAAAAAUAAACUGACUCCAUAUAGGGGCUUGACUUUAUGUGGGGAAGUGAAGGGUACAAUUGUUCGAGGAAAACUUGUGUACUUCAAUGGCUCCUUUAGUCCUCAGCCACUAGGACAGAAUUUACUCAUAAAUCAGACACUAAAGGCUUCCCUGUGAAACUCCUUCAAUUCAACCACUUGCUUCACAUCCCAAGAUUUUUUCUAGUCUUCCCUCCAAUUCUUAAGGAGUAUUUCUUUCUCUUUAUAGAUGUUCUAUGGACGUGGCUCUGUUGGAUUAAGGGCCUGUAAAGUCUGUUUCAUGUUACACGAUUGUACUGUUACAUGAUCAAAAAUGUGCUUUUACUUUUACUAAUUCCAAGUCCAGCGGUUAUUACAUUAGUUUGCAUUUAUGGAUGUGGUAGCUUAGUUGUUAAGGUGUUGGAAUACUGAUCUGAAGGUUGUGAGUUUGAAACCCAGGGCCACCAAGCUGCUACUGCCGGGCCCCUGAACAAGGCCCUUAUCCAACAAUUGCUUAGCUGUAUAUGAAAUAAUUGUAAGUCGCUGUAGAUAAGGACAUCCGCCAAAUACUAUAACUGUACAUAUUACAAUAUAAUAUAGUUAAAUCAUAUUCAUGUGUAAUGCAUUAAGGGCCACAAUUAAAACCACAAUAUAAAUAACUCAAUAAAGAAGGUGUGAUUUAUGGCAAUAAAAGAUAUUGAUUACCGGAAAACUGAAAACAUUAGUGGCAAGAAAGCAAAGCUCUGUAUUUUAGUUUUCGUUCCUCUGCCUCUCUAAAGUCAUGUUUGUGUUAGAGGGGGAAUAAGUUAAUGAUUGACAUGCAGUGAUCACCGGAGCAUGUAAUAUGUAAUCGAAUAUCUAAACACCAUCCUAUAAUUCCUUCUUAAAGUAUUUACAUCAUAAAAUGUAAAUUUUCAUCUUCAUACAUAAUAAACUGAAUUUGAAUAAA